AUUUUAAUUUUUAGCAACAGUUGAGUUGAAAACGACCGCCAUGAACAAAUACAUUUUCGUCGCUUUUGCCCUAUUCGCUGUUAUCAACAGCGUGAGGUGCGAUUCCAGCGAAGAAGUCAUCGAUAAAGUCAAGUCCAAACACGUCAAGAAGCUCCUCAACCAAAACAAGGAACACCUUGACGAAGGCUUGGACAAGCUGGAACAAAAAUGCCCCGGAGUCACCCCGAAACUGAAAGCCGCCGUCAAAUCCUUCGUGGAAUGUGACGACAAAGUCGACGACUCCUUGACGAUUUGCGAAUCCAUCCAGAGCUACACCUUGAACUGCACUGCACCGUUGCUUAAGGUGAUCGACGACUGUCUUCCGCAAAACGCUAAAGGUCUUCCCACUCUGGGUCUUAAGAGUUUGGUUUCAGUGGCCGAUUUCUUGUGCAAACAAUCUGGAGAGGCGAUUUUCGAACUGGCGAAUCCGUGCCUGUGGGAAGAUUCGGAAGAAAACGAAAAUGAUGAAUGCGAACAGAAGUUAGAUCAGUUUACUCAAAAAUAUGAGGGUAAAGACGACAUUCCGACACAGGCUGAAAUUUGCACUCUUGCCACAGGCUACAAGAGCUGCGUACGAAGAGAUGUUAGUGCUCACUGUAAGAACCAGAAGACGAAGGACGUCGCCAAUGGGCUUUUUGAUGCUUUGGUUGCCCCUUGUAGCAACAUCAACGAAGUGUAAUUUUUGAAACCAUCAGUACAUGAAAUAUGGUUUUGAUCUGUUUAAAAUAAAACGAUUUUUAACUUU